AGCGAGCGACCCCGGCCCCCCUCGCCCGCUGGCCGGCCCGCGCUGCAGCCGGUGACCCGGGGAGAGGCGGCGCCGCUCCAAGAUGUCGCAGACGGCCAUGUCCGAGACCUACGAUUUUUUGUUUAAGUUCUUGGUUAUUGGAAAUGCAGGAACUGGCAAGUCUUGCUUACUUCAUCAGUUUAUUGAAAAAAAAUUCAAAGAUGACUCAAAUCAUACAAUAGGAGUGGAAUUUGGUUCAAAGAUAAUAAAUGUUGGCGGUAAAUAUGUAAAGUUACAGAUAUGGGAUACGGCAGGACAAGAGCGAUUCAGGUCUGUGACGAGAAGUUACUACAGAGGUGCAGCCGGGGCCCUCCUUGUCUAUGACAUCACCAGCCGAGAAACCUACAAUGCGCUUACUAAUUGGUUAACAGAUGCCAGAAUGCUAGCAAGUCAAAACAUCGUGGUCAUCCUGUGUGGAAACAAGAAGGAUCUGGACGUAGAUCGAGAAGUCACAUUCUUAGAAGCCUCCAGAUUCGCUCAAGAAAAUGAGCUGAUGUUUCUGGAAACAAGUGCGCUGACAGGAGAGAACGUAGAAGAGGCCUUUGUGCAGUGCGCCAGAAAAAUACUUAACAAAAUUGAGUCAGGUGAACUGGAUCCAGAAAGAAUGGGCUCAGGUAUCCAGUAUGGAGAUGCUGCCUUGAGACAGCUCAGGUCCCCGCGCCGAGCACAGGCCCAGAGUGCGCAGGAAUGUGGUUGUUAAAAAUCAGCACUGGGGCAGAUGAGGUGUACAUACUGUGGUAUUUGGGACACAAUUCUUGGAGCUUGAAGAAUCUGAAGCUUUUUACCACCAUCUUUUUCUACUCUAUACAGAAGUAGAUCUUUGUGGGGAAAAAAAAUAAUUGGGGUAUUAUGGAAGCUAGUAGUCAUGGCACAGCAAACUACAUAAUAAAUCUAACUCAGUGGACAGUACCAGUAAACGUACACAUGUAUGUAAAAAUUUUCUCUUCCACAUUUUCCCUUGCACCUUCCGCUUGAAACGUGGCUAUGGACUGUAUGUAUUCUAGCCCACAGCAUGUCUCCACAGCAUGGUGUAUGGUGUAUGAUAUAAUGGAAUGUAGCACUAAAGGCAGUUUAAUAUUUUUUUUAAUCAUAUGAACUAAAAUUUGUUAAUUGUGAGGCGUGCUUUUAUCAUCAUGUCAAUUCUAUUGCACAAUUGGUUAUUCUUAUGACCUGAUAUUCAAAGAUUCUGGCAUUGAUGGCCGGCGCAUUUCUUAUUUAAUCCUGUUUACCACAUUCUACAUGGUGUUUACUUGAAAUACUAGAUCAGUAGUUAUUCACUAACUACCAAAAUAAAAUGAGAAAUGGAGUUUUUUUCAAUUAA